GUCAGCCUGCUGCGCUUUCGGCGAGAAAAAAAUAAAAAAUCCUUUAAUCGCUCCUAGAGGCAGCUCACAGUACGCAUGCGUGAACAUUUACCCAGCAGGUAAACUCCACCAUGGCGGCGAGAGGCCAUGUGCAAGAUCCCAACGACCGGAGACUCAGACCCAUAUACGAUUACCUUGAUAAUGGCAACAAUAAAAUGGCGAUACAGCAGGCAGAUAAACUGCUGAAGAAACAUAAGGACCUGCACUGUGCCAAGGUCCUGAAGGCGAUCGGUCUUCAGAGGACCGGAAAGCAGGAUGAAGCUUUCGCUCUGGCCCAGGAGGUGUCCACUCUAGAACCCACUGAUGACAACUCGCUGCAAGCUCUGACUAUACUGUACAGAGAGAUGCAUCGUCCCGAGUUGGUCGCCAAGCUGUAUGAAGCUGCAGUGAAGAAGGUUCCCCUCAGCGAGGAGUAUCACUCUCACCUCUUCAUGGCUUACGCUCGUGUGGGGGAGUACAAGAAGAUGCAGCAGGCAGGAAUGGCCUUGUAUAAAAUCGUCCCCAAGAAUCCGUACUACUUCUGGUCCGUCAUGAGUCUGGUGAUGCAGGCCAUCUCAGCGCAGGAUGAAAAACUGGCCCAGACCAUGUUCCUGCCUCUGGCUGAGCGCAUGGUGGAGAAGAUGGUGAAGGAGGAGAAGAUUGAAGCAGAAGCAGAGGUGCAGCUUUAUUUUAUGAUCCUGGAGCGUUUGGGAAAGUGCGUGGAGGCUCUCGACGUGAUCAGGGGUCCGCUGGGGGAGAAGCUGACCAGCGAGCUGCAGAGCAGAGAAAACAAGUGCAUGAUGCUCUACCAGAGGCUGCAGCGCUGGCCCGAGUGCAACGCCUUGGCCCACAAGCUGCUGCUCAAGAACCCUGAUGACUGGCAGUUCUAUCCCUCCUACUUUGACUCGCUCUUCCACCUGAUGGAUCAGUCGUGGAGUCCGCCGGAAGAAGGCGAACACUGUUCGGAGGGCUCGGUACAUCACACCGUGGCCGAGGUGGUGAGGUUUGUGGAGGAGAGGAUCAAAGGGGAGGAGGACAAAGAGUCUCGUUCGCUCAGAGGACCCUACUUAGCUCGGCUUGAAUUGAUGCACAGACUGAGAGAGCGAGGCUGCCCUGAAGAGAGCCUGCUCGGUGAGCCUUUCGACCUGAUGGUGCAGUUCUUUGGGAAGUUUGGAGACAAACCCUGCUGCAUCACCGACCUAAAAAUAUACCUGCAUCUGCUCUCUCCAGACCAGCACGUCCAGUUCAUUAACCGACUGAGUGAGGCGGUUCCCCUGGGGGAGCGGGGAGAGGACGGAUUCGCCUUUCCAGAGGACACCAAAGCGCUGCAGAGACACUUGUGUGUGUGUCAGCUGAGUCGAGCGCUCGGGCUGCAUCACUCUCUCGACGUGGAUGGAAAGCUGCGUCUCGUCACGGAGCUCAAAGCUCACUACCGUCAUGGACUCAAGUUCGGGACGAACGCACUGAAGACGGAGCUGCAGUUCUCUGACAUGUACUGUCUCAUGGCAGCUCACGUGUACGUCGACUUGUGGACGGAUUCGGGGGACGAGGACAUGGCGUGGCAGGCUCUGGGUGUCCUCCAGGAGGGUCUGUCUCACAGUUCCUCCAACGCCCAGUUCAAGCUGCUGCUGCUGCUCCUCUACUGUCGCCUGGGAGCCUUUGAGCCUGUGGUGGACCUUUACUCCAGCCUGGACGCCAAGCACGUACAGCACGACACCAUCGGGUUCCUGUUGACGCGUUAUGCUGAGUCACUGGGCCAGUUUGCUGCAGCCUCCCAGUCCUGUAAUUUCUCCCUCAGGUUUUUCCACUCUAACCAGAAAGAUACCUCAGAGUACAUCAUCCAGGCGUACAAAUACGGAGCGUUCGAGAAGAUCCCGGAGUUCAUAGCGCUCAGGAACAGGUUGAACCAUUCGCUGCACUUUGCACAGGUCCGCACCGAGAGGAUGCUGCUGGACCUGUUCCUCGAGGCCGACAUCGUGUUGAGUCUGGAGGAGAGCGUGAAGGCCAUGUCUUUGUCUGCGGAGGAGGACGACAUCCCCUGGGACAAUAUGAGGGACAACCGAGACCUGACAGUUUUUACCGGCUGGGACCCUAAAGAGAGACGGUUAACGGAUGAACACCGGCGUCGGUCUCUCGAGGAGGAGUCCGUGUGGCUGCGAAUACGCUCGCUGACUCUCCGUCUCCUCGCCUCGUUGGCCGGGCUGGGACACGCACCGUCGCAACAAAACUCUGAGACGGCCAACGAGAACGGAGUGGGAGACAAGACCUCGAUCCUCUGCAGCCUGCUGUCCCAGCUCAACCAGACGCUACAGACGGCGGCGCAGAUGGCGGAGAAACGCGUGCAGUAUCCAUUCCUGGGCCCCCCCUCCACCCGCCUGGCCCCGGCCCUGUCCAGUGGCAGCUGUCAGUGCCAGGCCGCGGCCUUCCAGCUGUGUGUCCACCUGCAGGAGCUGGAGACUCUCGGACUCGACGAGUCGCCGGAGCUUCAGACCCAGAUCUGCAACGGUUUCAAAUCAUUAGUAGUUCAGCUUCAAGAAAUGCUGAAUAAAUGCAAAGGCGAUUUAUUGGAAAUGAAAGAGAGCAAAUUAAAAACCCGACCCUCCUUAUUAGAAAACCUCGUCUUCUUUGUUGAGACGGCGUGUGUAGCCUUGUGGAUGGCAAGUCACUGCGCCCAGAUCCUCCGACCGCUCAAGAUUAGCCUACAGAAAAAGAAGAAGAAGAAGAAAAAGGAUGCGAACACGGCUCUGCCGGCGGUGGUGUGUGGCUUCCAGGAGCUGACGGGGAGCUUGCAGGACCUGCUUGCCCAGGCUCUGGAGCACAUAAAGGGGCAGGAGACUGGCACGACAGCCCUCAGACUGGCCAGUUUAAGCUUGGAAGGACACACACAGGAGGAGGCUUCGUUCAUGAAGGCUGCUAUGGACAAGGUGCAGAGCAGUUACCUGCGCUCGCUACAGGAGGUGGGAGACCUGCUCAGGAAGAGAGCGGAAACUAUGAAGAACCUCAAGAUCUGAACACCAUCACUCGCACCCCCACCAUCAGCCCACCAGCUAACGUACGAGUCCGACUGAACCCGCCCGAGCUCCCCGCCGUCGUCUCCGCCUCAGCGCUCGUCAGCUUCGCGCUCUGGACUCCUUUUUUUCCCAUCUUUUUUUCUUUUCUUCACAACACACACCUCUGGGACAUUUGCAGCUGUUAUAGCACACAAGCUUGUAAGUAAACACAUAAAUUUAUACAGCAGUUAUAAGUAAACCUUAGGGGGGAAGAAAGAGAUGCUCCUUUUAAAUAAAAUUUAAAAAAAUUAGAAGAUUUAGAUGAACUGAUCUAAUAAAUUAUUGUACAUAGAGAAGAGGAAGUACCGCAACAAUAUAAGACACAAUAAACCACUAUUCCGUUUGUCAGUUUCCUCUUUAUUCCUCGCUUUGUGUUUCAGGUGACUGAGAACACACACACACACACACACACACACACGCACACGCACACACACACACACACGCACACACACGCACACACACUGGGACUGUUAACACUAUGGAGGAAAACUCUUUAAUGUGCUGCUUUUCCAGCUGACAGGCACAGUUUUUGCGUUGGACUGAUGGCGACCUGCAGACUGAAGUUUCUCAUUCAGUAGUUAUUUUCUCACAGUCUUUUCUUCUUCUUCUUCCCUUUUUUUUUCCUUGUGUAUCUUGUGUGUGGAACCACGGCUGUAGUUGCAGUAUUAUAAAAAGCUGGAUUUGUUUUGUUUUUUUAAACCUGAAUUGUCUGCCGCUUUUGUUUCUUUCUGUUUCUUUGUGUUUAAUUCCUGGUAGAAAUGGUGCUUGUAAACAUGUUUAUUGUGGAAUCAGGUUGUUCCAGCACAAACAUCAGGCUUGGACUGAAUAAUCUGAAUACUGGACUGAGUCUAAUUAUGUCACCAAAAUCACCCAUUUCCUCUGACGCUGCAGACGUGGAGCCGCUUCUCCACGGACAAACUCGGUUCUCCAGAUGUGAGAACGCGUGUUGGUGUGAGGACUUUGUUCACGUUAACCCUGAUCUGAUCGUGACGGUGACUUGUGUAAAGAUGGCCGACGUGUCUCCGCUUCAUCCCGCUGUCCAUCCGCUCCACACGUUUUGGUCGUGUCACGUGGUCCGUCUUUGGACGGCACAGAUGGCGUGUUUCUGCAGUCAAACGUUGGACCUAACUGUAAAUAAAAGCUGAGGCAGCCUUCUUGAA